CCACAAUCGCGCAUCAUGGUUCAGGUACGCACCCUUCUUGGUCGUCUCGUCUAUACAAAUUACUAUAAGAGGCAGUCUAUUUACUGUGGAACGCGCUACUGACGCCACUAGCUCGAAUACUCAGUCGAAGAGCCGCUCAAUCGAGAGCCGGAGCUCGAUGAGCUCGUCUCAAGUUUCAUUACAAAAAAGGGCGGAUAUGAUCGCAAUCAUGGACCAAUCCCACACCUCGACGCGGCUACACACCAAGUCUGCGUGUACGGCCUUGUGAAAAAAGAACUUUCUUUGCACGUGAAGGACCUCCAAGCACUUCCCCAACACAGUGUGAUAUGCGCACUACAAUGUGCAGGCAACAGACGUCACACCAUGCGCACGAAGCUGAAGGAAGUAUCCGGCAUUGACUGGUUCGACGGCGCCGUCAUGAACUGCAAAUGGACCGGACCGCUACUGAAAGACGUCCUCGAAAAAGCCGGCGUGAAGGUCGAGAAAGAGAAGUGGAACGAUGCACACGUUGCAUUCUCUUGCUUCCAGACGCCGACCCAGGAUGACGAGUACUACGGUGCCAGCAUACCUUUGUCGCGGGCCAUGGAUGCCAACAGUUCGAUCAUAAUAGCACUGGAGAUGAACGACAAGCCUCUACCACCCAAUCACGGCGCACCGGUCAGAGUCGUUACACCAGGUAUCGCUGGUGCAAGGAGUGUCAAGUGGCUGGACCGCAUCACGGUGCAGAUGUGCGAAAGCAGCAGCUACUACCAGCAGCACGAUUAUAAGAUCCUUCCACCGGAGGCAGAUUGCAAGGAGAAGGCAGAAGAAUGGUGGGGAAGAGUCAGCGCACUGCAGGACAUGCCAAUCAAUAGUGUCAUUGGCGUACCGAAGACGGGCUCAACAGUUCACCGAGAUGAGAACGGUACAAUAGAGGUCAAAGGCUAUGCGCUGCCGAGUGGAUCUGAUGGGCCAAUCACUAGGGUCGAGGUCAGCGCUGAUGGAGGAGAGACGUGGAUGGAUGCAGAACUGGACCAAAGUCAUGAGGAUAAAGACGCUGAUCUGAAGUGGGCUUGGACCUUGUGGAAAGCAAGAGUCAAGGUGGAGAAGGGCAAGGAUUUGACUAUUUACAGCAAAGCAACGGAUGGUAGCGGCAACACACAGCAGAAGAGCGUGGAGUGGAAUUUCCGAGGUGUUGGGUACAAUGCCUGGGGCGAGACUUCAGGCAUUGAAGUGGUUUGAUGCCGCGCUCAAUGCAGAAUGCAGGACAGGUGAUGGAAAUAUCCCUAGUCCUUCAAUAGCGAUGCAUUGCAUAUCUCUUAAUUCUAUCCUGC